AUGGCCGCCACAUCGUCGAAUGCAGUGCCUGCCACGGAUGCGCCCACCUGGACCAAUGACACGCCGCUGUUUUCGCCCACUACCCGGUGCCUGAUCUACAACCCCAAGCCCAACCCCAUUCAGCGCCAGCUUGACUUUGACUACCUUGCCCGUCGGGGUGCUGCUCGUGGUCGGCACAAGGUCUUCUUUGGCUCGCAGGAGAUCUUCCUUGACAUCUUUGGCAACAUCGCUGAUGCUACCGCUGCCCAUCCCGAGGCUGAUGUCAUGCUCAACUUUGCCUCGCAGCGAUCGGCCGCCGCGUCGACCUCGGAGGCCCUCGACUACCCCUCCAUUCGCACCGUCGUCAUUAUUGCCGAGGGCGUGCCCGAGAAGGAGACCCGCAAGCUCAUUGCCAAGUCCAAGCGCCUGAGCAAGUGGAUCAUCGGCCCGGCCACCGUCGGUGGCAUCCAGGCCGGUGCCUUUAAGAUCGGUGACACCGCCGGCACCGUCGACAACAUCCUUGCCUGCAAGCUCUACCGCCCGGGCUCGGUCGGCUUUGUCUCCAAGUCGGGCGGCCUCUCCAACGAGUGCUACAACAUUCUCUCGCGGACGACCAACGGCCUGUUUGAGGGCAUCGCCAUCGGCGGCGACGCCUACCCGGGCUCCAACUUUGCCGACCACAUCCUCCGCUACCAGGCCAUGGACCAGGUCAAGCUCAUUGUCAUGCUCGGCGAGCUCGGCGGUGACGCCGAGUACGACGUCGUCAAGCUCCUCAAGGACGGCACCAUCACCAAGCCCGUCGUCGCCUGGGUCUCUGGCACCUGCGCCACCAUGUUCAAGACCGAGGUCCAGUUUGGCCACGCCGGCGCAAAGUCCGGCUCCGAGGCCGAGUCGGCCCAGGCCAAGAACGCCGCCCUCGCCGAGGCCGGUGCCGUCGUUCCCACCUCGUUUGAGGGCUUUGAGCAGGCCAUCGCCGACACCUACGCCAAGCUUGCUGCCGAUGGCGUCGUCCCGGCCUUUGACCCCAACGAGCCCGAGCCGCACGUCCCGCCCACCAUGCCCGUCGACUACGAGACCUUUGCCGCCGAGGGCCGCGUCCGCCGCGCCACCGGCAUCGUCUCCACCAUCUGCGACGACCGCGGUGAGGAGCCGACCUACGGCGGCGUUGCCAUCUCGGACCUCAUGGCCGCAGAGCGCGGCAUCGGCGAUGCCAUCUCGCUGCUCUGGUUCAAGCGUGACCUCCCGCGCUGGGCCACCCGCUUCAUCGAGCUCGUCCUCGUCCUCUGCGCCGACCACGGCCCGUGCGUCUCGGGCGCCCACAACACCAUCGUCGCCGCCCGUGCCGGCAAGGACCUUGUCUCCUGUGUUGCCUCGGGUCUCCUCACCAUUGGCCCGCGCUUUGGUGGCGCCAUCGAUGGCGCCGCCCAGGUCUUCCUCGACGCCCACGACCGCGGCCUCGAGCCCGAUGAGUUUGUCGCCGACAUGAAGCGCCGCGGCCUCCGCAUCCCGGGAAUCGGCCACCGCAUCAAGUCGGCCGACAACAUGGACCAGCGUGUCAAGGCCCGCAACCUCGUCCUCAACGUCGACGGCGCUGUUGCAAACGCCUUCCUCGACCUGUGGGCCUCGAGCUCGUCCUUUGGCCGCGAAGAGAUCAAGGAGAUGACCCAGAUCGGCUACCUUAACGGCCUCUUUGUUGUCGCCCGCUCCAUCGGCCUUGUCGGCCACUCGCUCGACCAGAUGCGCCUCAAGCAGCCGCUCUACCGCCACCCGUGGGACGACACCGCCUACUACUGCGAGUAA